AUGGCGACACUCUUCCGGCGGCAAGCCCUGGUCUGUGAGUGCAGACGCACAUUCUCGACAUCUGCCUCCCGGUCUGUCAAUCUGCAAUGGCAGCAAAACGACUCCGAAGCACUCGCAGAGGUGAUUCCACCUUAUCCAUACGGACCAACUCUCCUCUAUAAGCAGUCUCGAACUGGUCUCUAUGGCGGCAAAAAAAUCACGUACGGAAACAAUGUCGGCACGAAAAUUGAGGUCAAGACUCGUCGAUCUUGGAAACCCAACAUCUUCACGCGAAGACUGUUCAGCAAAGCUCUUGAUCGCACUGUGCAGGUUCGCGUCAGUUCCCGCGUCCUGCGCACCAUCGACAAACUAGGAGGUGUGGAUAAUUACCUCCUCGGAGAGAAAGAACAAAGAAUUAAAGAGCUCGGCGAAUCCGGUUGGUGGUUACGAUGGGCUAUAAUGCAGACACCUGCGAUCAAAAAGCGCUUCGCCGCGGACAGACAAAGAAUGGGACUU